UCCAGGCGAUGACUUUCACCUCACCCCUGCUUGAAUGAGAGCAAUUCAGGGCCCAGUUUGCAGCAGGACUGGACUUCUUACAGCCUGAGGAGCCUCUGUGGGUUCUUCUAAGGUAGACCCCAUUCUAAUAUUAGCAGUGUGUGAGAAGUGUGGUCAUACUGCCAGCCCUCCUCUGCUAUAAGUGUAACAAACCAGCUCCAUUUGUCAUUCAGCUGUUGGCAACAGGAAACCACCAACAGCAACUCAACACACGACAACCAGGAGAAUUAGGGUUUUCUCUUUCUGCAAAGUUUGAAAUUCGUCAAAAGGAGCUGAUAGUCCCAAGCUGAUGAUCUGGAAGGGGUUUUUCAACUCUGGUGCACAGCUAAGAUUGAGUGGGAUAUGAUUUAAUCUGAACACAGGACACUCAAGGAUGGGGUUGUUUGGCAGCAAAAAUCAGCUGAUGCCCAAUGAGAAACACACUUCUGGAGGCAACCCAAAAAUCAGGGGAAAACCUCCUCCUGCCCCACCCAAGGGGAGACAAGUUAUCAACAGCUCUCAUCUAAACCAAGCCUCUGCACAAGAUCAAUUGUUUGUGGUUGCACUGUAUGAUUUUCCUGCCUCAAGUGACCGUGACCUGGAGCUGGUCAAGGGGGAGAAACUCCAGGUCCUCUCCAACGAGGGGGAUUGGUGGCUGGCAAAGUCCCUCAGCACUGGGAGGAAAGGAUACAUCCCCAGCAACUUCGUGGCACAAGUGGACACUUUGGAAGAGGAAAAGUGGUAUUUUAGAACUCUGAGCAGAAAAGAUGCUGAACGGCUGCUGUUGUCUUCUGGGAACAAAGUUGGCUCUUUCCUCGUCAGGGAGAGUGAAACCACCAAAGAUGCCUAUUCCCUGUCUGUGAGAGACAGCAACUCUGCUCACGGGGAUGUCAUCAAACACUACAGGAUCCGCUCCCUGGAUGGAGGGGGGUACUACAUCUCCCCCAGGAUGACUUUCUCCAGCCUGCCAGAGCUCAUCCAUCAUUACAGCCAGAAAGGGGAUGGGCUGUGCCAGCGCCUCACAGCUCCCUGCACAUCCCUGGUCCCCCAGAGACCCUGGGCUCAGGACGAGUGGGAGAUCCCUCGGGAGGCUCUGAAGCUUGUGAAGAAGUUGGGCAGUGGGCAGUUCGGGGAAGUGUGGAUGGGCUACUACAAGAACAACAUCAAGGUGGCAGUGAAGACCAUGAAGGAGGGCAGCAUGGAUCCUGAUGCCUUCCUGGCAGAGGCAAACCUGAUGAAGAAGCUGCAGCACAACAAACUGGUCCGGUUGUAUGCAGUGGUCACCAAGCAGCCCAUCUACAUUGUGACAGAGUACAUGGCCAAUGGGUGUUUGCUGGAUUUCCUGAAGACAGAAGAAGGAAGCCAACUGAAUCUCCCCAAACUCAUUGAUAUCUCUGCUCAGGUGGCAGAGGGCAUGGCCUACAUCGAGCGCAUGAACUUCAUCCACCGGGACCUGCGGGCUGCCAACAUCCUCGUCUCGGAGACGCUCUGCUGCAAAAUCGCUGAUUUCGGUCUGGCCAGGCUCAUCGAGAACGAGUACCUGGCUCAGGAAGGUGCCAAAUUUCCCAUCAAAUGGACAGCUCCAGAGGCCAUUAACUAUGGGGUUUUCACCAUCAAAUCUGAUGUGUGGUCAUUCGGGAUCCUCCUGACAGAGAUCAUCACCUACGGCAGGAUCCCAUAUCCAGGGAUGACCAACCCCGAGGUGAUUCGCAACCUGGAGCGGGGCUACCGCAUGCCGUGCCCGGAGAUGUGUCCCGGGGAGCUCUACAGCAUCAUCCUCAAAUGCUGGCGCACCAACCCCGAGGAGCGCCCCACCUUCGAGUACCUGCAGUCGGUGCUCGAGGACUUCUACACCUCCACGGAGAAGCAGUACGAGCCCGAGCCGCAGCAGUGA